AUGAAUACUCCAUUUUAGGACACUAAAAUUGACCAAUAAAAUAUUUAGCUCUAUUAAGAUAUUCCCGAAGAGGAAUUUACCAAAAAUGUCAAUCCUGAGGCUCAAAAAUUAAUUUUAAAAAUCAAGAGAAAUGCUUUAAAAAGUCUCUCACCUGAUAAAAGUCCUAAAUCAUUUGAUAAUUUAGCUAACUUUAAUACGACCCAAAUGAAGCUACCCAAAUCACAAGCGUUCAUUACUCUCAAUAGCAGCAAGUCAACUCUUCUUCCAUAAAUAUCAAACAAUUAGAGUACUCUUAAUUGCUUAGAAAUGAAAAGUAGAUAAACAUUUGUAGGCGAGAAUUACAAGCAGUAGAGUUUUCUUUCUUAGUUUUAGUCAGGCAAAAGCGAAUACUCAUAUGACUACAACUAAAGAAGGAAGAAGUAAAACAAAACUAUUUUUUAAGAAGAUAAAAUGGAAUAAGAGCGUAUUGUGAAGCUAUCUUAUUUAAAAAGCAAAUAUGAUUAGUCUUUGAAAAAUACAUUUUGUCUUAGAAAUAAAAGCAGCUAAAUACGAUCUAUGAGAGAGAUUUCUUCAAAAUAAAUGUCACCAUAAAGAACAAACACUCACAUAAAUGAUAAGAGCGCUGUUACUUAAUCAGAUCAAUAUAACAUAAAAAAUAUUUUAGGAAUUUUUGUUUAGAAGAAAAAAGAUGAUUAAGAAUAGAGCAAAUUGCUUUUAAGGCAUACACAAAGUUAAAAAACAAUUCCAUCUCCUUUGAUUUCUACUUAUAAAUAUGAUAAAAUAUACAAGAUGUUUGUAGAGUAAUAAAUAUUGCAAGCUCAAAAAGAAGCAUAAAAUUAAGAAUAAAAUCAGACAACUCAGUUUGCUUUCGAUACAAAUUAAGUUAGAAAGAAAAGAGUGGUUAAAUCUGAUUUUAGGAUCAAAACGCUUGGGAGCUAAAAUGAGCUUGUAGACUAUAUUGAUACAAAGAGAACUUUAGAUAAUGACUAUAGCAAUUAAUUAUCUCCGAUUCAGCAAAUGUCACACAUGUCAUACGAGCUAGUAUAAAAAUAGCCUUACAUGUCUCUUUAACAACAUAACAGCAAGAAUUUAAAUAAAUUUUUUCCAAGCUCAUUCAAAUCUAAAAAAGAUUACCUUUAAUUCAUCAAUAAUCCACUUUCUUUGUAAGGAUCAAACAUUCAAACUAGCGCUUAGAAUACAUAAAAUAUAUUUUCUAACAAUGCCAUCAAAUAAAUAUUCAAUAAUUCACCUUCUAAAGAUACUUCUUCUGACGAACUGAAUUCAAAUUAAUCUUAAGAUCUAAUCAAAAAAUCAUCUUUUUAAUUAUCACUCUAAUAAAAGCAUUCUCAGUAGCAUAAACCUUUUGGUAGUUUCACUCAAUCCUCUUUCAAAAGAAUUGCUACGGAUGCAAUUGAUAUGAUAAAUAAUGGAGAAGAAAGAGAUAACAACAACUUUUAAAACAGAAGAAAAUUAACACAGACAAAAUCUAGUAAGCAUGAUAUUUUAUCGAAAUUUGGCUCUCAGGAUUUUGAAGAUGAUGAAAUUUGUAGCCCAGUAAUUGAUGUUCACAUUGCUUUAAAUAAGUUAAACGACUUAAAAAUAAAUGAAGAUUCUAAAUUAGAACUAGAUAAUUCAGAAUAAAAAUUAAUUUCCUUAAAAAAAAUAAAUGAUAAAAAUGGUGAGUCAUCAAAGCCAAAAUCAAAAAAAUAAGUCGAUUUCGAAAUAGGUGAAACUAAAAAGUAUAAAACAACUAAAGAUUUAAAUAGUGAAGAAAACUCUAAAACAGAAAACCAUUCUUAAUAAGUUUAGUCUUUGAAGCAAUUAAAAUCUCAAGAAUUUGGAUAUGAAAGUGAGGAUUCUGAAGAUGACGAUAGUGGAGAUAUGGAUUAAGAUAAUAAUAAAAAGAGGAUUUUAAAGAAUUAACCAUCAAUUUCUUUAAAAGUAAAAGGAGAUCAAUAAAACUUUGAAAGUGAGGUAGAAGAAGCUUCUGACUCACAUGGUUUCGUUCUUAAAAAGACUAUUGAUUUCGCCCAGCUUAAAGAAUUGCGUGAUAAAACAAUUAACAGACUGAAUGGUAAUUAAAUAGUGAACAGGAGAUCAUCAAACAGCUUAACUUUAAAAAGAGAAAACAAAAAUAAAUUUCAUCCUUUGGUCUCACCUGCUAAAUUCUCAGGAAAACAAAUUUUCGAUUUCAAUUCAGAUGGAAAUAUCAAAUCCCAUGGAAGCACAGAGAAAGAAAUAAAAGAAGAAAGUAAGAAAAAAAUAAGCAUCAGGUAAUAUUUCAAAAGUGGGAAUGGGAAAAAGAAAGGAAAAGGUAAGAAAAAGAUGCAAGAGCAAUAAACUUAAGAAGAAAAAUAAAAGCAAUAAGACUUAAAAAUAGCUGAAAAACUGGAUGGAUUAAAGGAUAAGCUUCGAACUUCUGUGAAAGUAGUUAUAAGGUAGCAAAUCCAAAAGAAAAUACAGAGUACUCUUUCAACAAAGAUUUUAAAUAAUCUCUAAAUAAACGAAAUUGAGGAGUAAAAUUAAUAUAAUGAAUUUGAUGAUAAAUUAAUUGAUAACCCUUUUUCACUUGAAUCUCCGUUUUCAGAUUAAUCUAUGUUUGGUGGACUUAACUAAUAAUAAAUUAGCAAUUAAGCUAAAAUUCUUUCUCCUACAUCAUCCAAAGAUACAUCUUCUUUAAACCUUAAACAAAAUUCUUCAAUAAGUGAAAAAUUUAACCCAAGAAAACCAUCUUUGCAAAUUCAAGUAAGUUAAAAUAACUCCAAAAAAAGUUCUAUCCAUAAUAGUGUCUCUCCCAAAAGCGAAGGUCCAAAUAACUAACAAAAGUAAGUAGGACUCUCAAAAUAUUCAAAUAAUAACAACAAUUAGUCAAAUUAAAAUUCACAAAAAAAUAAUUAACUCGUCUCUCCGAAUAAAAAACUUUAAAAUCCAACCUAUGAUGAACAACAAAAAGAAGUUUAGCAAUAUUCUUCUGCUAUUAUGUCCUUUUUUAAUGCUUGUGUUGAGAAUAUGAAGAAUAACACAACUUUAAUCUCUCACGAUUUCCAACUUAAAAACCUUAAAAAUUUCAAUCAACAAUUCAGCUAGGAUUUAGUUGAAUAAUUUGCAUAAGAAAUGAGAAAUCAAAAAAUGUCAAACCAAGAAGUAGAGAGAUUUAAAUAUAUUUAUGAGAUCAACACCAAAAUGCACGUUUUCUAUAAAGGAAUAGUAUAGCUUCUAGGAGGAAUUAACAAAUUGCAAGAACUUAUUUAAUAAAUUAUUAAAAAAAUAUCUUCUCAUCUAACAAUAUUAUCAGUUAAUCAUGUAUUUUCUGCUGAGUAAAUGUUUAGAAGAAUUAUUCCAGGCAUCUGUGCUUUGUUGUGUGAAGAUCAUAAGCUAUUUUACUAAACCUUAAAGAUAUUUAUGGCAACAAAUAAGGAAGAUUAAUUUUCAUAUAUAGAUUUCUAUUUUAUUAAAAAGUACAUUUAUAGUUUUCUAACCAAACAAAAGAAAAAUGAAAUCAGUCAGCAACUUUGCCUACUGAUUAUGUAAAAGAUAGAAUCUGUAAGAAGAUUUGUUUUUCCAAUAAAUGUUUUAUAAGACUAAAAGCUGAGAGAUACAGUCGCCUAAAAACUUUUUGAAUGUGAAAAAUUUAUGGAAUUUUUCUGUCCUCAGUUCGAACUAAAGCAUAUAAAGAAUAUAAUUCAUCAUAUAUAUGAAUACUUUUACUAUGAUGGAGAAGACUAACAAAUACUAGAAUUCAAAUCUAUCAGAAAAGCUAUUGAACCUUUUGUUAAAGGUAAAGUUUCUAGAAAAAUAUUUGACUACAUAGAACAAUUUACAUAAAAGGCUUUGUAAGAAGAUCCUUUUACACUAAAUGUAAUUUUGCGCGAUCUUCACUAUAAAUUUACAAAAGUUAGACUUCGUUUUGGAUACAACUAAGGCAUUUUCGGAAUUGUUAAAUUUAAUGAAAUACCAUAAUUAAUAGAAGCCCUUAAAGAAGAAAUAAGCAAUUCUGUUGAAUAUGGUUUGCUUGCUGAGCUUAGCGAAGUAGAAUAACAAAAGGUUAAGGAUACUUCAUUUAUGCAUAAAUACUUGAGGUUUUUGCUCUCUGAGUAUGACAUAUUUUCUGUUUAUGAUGCCUCUGUAGCUAUGUCCUAUCUUGGAGUUACAGUUAAGUUCUUUAAGUUUUGGCUAUGCUGCUUACAUAGCGUCAUGCUCACUAGAUAUAAUCUUCAACCUUCCAAAGUGUAAAUCUUUAUGAGGUUUGUUGAAGUUUGCUGUCCAGCAAUUUGA